CCCCGUGACUUAAGUUUAUAAAAGCCAAUCAGAAUAACUCCCUGGUGUUCAGUGCCGUAUCAGCUUCAAGCUUCAAGCCAGCAGACCGAAGAGCCGCAGAGCAGCAAUUGCUUUAAUUAGAUUUCUAAUCACCCUAAAACAAACACAACAAACAAAGCAAAAUGUCUUCUGAAGUGAGCAGCGACAACCCCAUCUAUGGCCCCUUCUUCGGAGUUAUGGGCGCCGCCUCCGCCAUCAUCUUCUCGGCUCUGGGCGCUGCUUAUGGCACUGCUAAGUCUGGUACCGGUAUUGCUGCCAUGUCAGUGAUGCGUCCUGAACUGAUCAUGAAAUCCAUCAUUCCUGUGGUCAUGGCGGGUAUCAUUGCCAUUUACGGCCUGGUCGUGGCUGUGCUUAUUGCCGGCUCGCUGGAAGAGCCUUCAAAGUACACACUAUACAGAGGCUUCAUUCACUUGGGAGCCGGUCUGGCGGUGGGCUUCUCUGGCCUGGCAGCCGGUUUCGCGAUCGGAAUCGUGGGAGACGCCGGUGUCCGUGGCACAGCACAACAGCCUAGGUUGUUCGUCGGCAUGAUCCUGAUUCUCAUCUUCGCCGAGGUGUUGGGUCUCUAUGGUUUGAUUGUGGCCAUUUACCUGUACACGAAAUAAAUCAAUCAAUGCAAACAACACACAACAACAACAAAUAGACAAACGGCGCGCCCAGCAAUCAAUCAACAAACAGCCACAACAACAACAUCGACAUCAACAUCAGGAGCUGCUAGAGAGGAGCAGGUAACAUUGUGUCCCCCCAACGAGCGACAUUCAAGAUCCAGCAGCGCGUGUGCGGUGGCAGCCCUGGUGGCGGCCGUUGUACAUAGCAAGAACGACAACAACUAGUUGUUGGUCCUGCCGGGUGUUGCAGGAUUCCCGCACGCGCUGGCUCUGCCCGAUGGCGGUGCCUCAAUUGCAACUUUUAGCUCUCACUCUUGUAUUCGAUAUGCUGGUGCGCGUGGUUUAGCUUAGUUAUUUUCCGUUCAAAAUCAGUCUUUUUAAACACGAGGAAACAAUUUGCAGUUAAGUUCAUAAAGUUGUAAUAAUUAUGAUUUUCGCUAUAUAUCAAGAAAACCUUCUCCCUUUACUUAUUAUUUUUCGCUCCACAAUUUUGUGUGCUCUUUGUUAUUUGUUUUUUCCAUUAUUAUUAUUAAAUAAUGUUUAGUGUAUAUGUAAAGUUCGUUAAACAAAAAAAAAAACUGUAAAGAAAUCAACCAACAACAAUUGUCAGAAAAACUUUGUACAUUUGCAUUGAGCCUGACGCGCGGCUGCAACAAAUCAGAUCAACAAGUUUAGCGAAAAGGGCCAAAAUAACAAACAAACAAGCAAGCAGCAACCACCAACUAGCCACUUCUUCACCCCCAGCCCAUUGGCAUAACAACCGACGGCACUCGCCUGGCUGUUUGGGCGCGCUUUGUCCCCUACGUUUUCGGCGGGGCCGGAGUGGAAGCUCACCACAGCAGUGAUCGCAUGGCGGUUGUUGUGCGCGGUGGGGGUGGGUGGUGGCUGAAUGCUUGGCAAUACUUCAACGUCAUCUGCGAAAACCAACUACAUGCAAUCAUUCACACACACACACACACACAUACAAAAUGUAACUAAGUCCUAUGUUUAUUUUUAAUUAUUGUUCAAUUCUAAGAAUAAUAUAUUAAAAAUUAAUAAUAAUAAAUUAUAUAUAUAUAAUUAUGAUUUUUUGUGAUAAGAACAAGAUGGUAAUACAAAACAAUUACGGUAUUGAUAUACAUAAUAUAUACAAGAAUAUAUAUAUAUAUUUAAACGAGAACAAGAAAUCAUACAACAAUUAUACAUAUUAACAUGAGAAAGUUGUUAUAAAACGUACGAAGAAACAAUACAAAUCAAGUGAAAACUGAGAGGAAUACUGCAAAAACAACAACCAACACACACAUACACAAUUUUUCCGCUGUUAUUGUAUAGUAAAGAAAAUAUUAUAUAUAUAUAAAAUAUAUAUUAUGUAUAAAAUAUUAACAAGAAAUUGUAGUAGCAAAAUUAUAAACAAACAAGAGAAAUACCAACAACAACAAAGUCGUGCAAGCAGAACCCAACAAAAAAGUGUAGAUGGAAUGUUGCAAAUGAAAACUCAUACCAACAACAACAAAAACAACCGCAUUAGCAGCACGAAAUCUACCGGAAAAAAACUGAUAAAAAAAAAUUGUAAAAUCCCAACAAAUUAGAAGUUAUAAGCAAGCAGCAAAAACGAAAACCAGAUCGAUAUGUAUAGUGGAUUUAGGCAAAUAACAAGAUUAAUUUGUUUAGGGAUCAGUUCCGGAUUCCAUUGUCAUCCCCUUGAAGCUGGCAUCCUCCUCCCGCCCGUUGAACCCCGAUGCAUUCGUGAUGCUGAGAAUGCGGAGGAGCUCAACCCUGCGGGGGCGCCGACUUUGUGGGGGCGUUGGUGGCAUUCGGCCUGCGCCGCCCGAACACACACAAAUUGAGAGAACACAACCGAAAUGCACAACAAAAAGACGACUUGUACACCCGAUCUACACAAUAAGGCAUUUGUAUAUAAAAAGUGUCCUCGCUGCCAAUCGCUGUCCAUCCAUCCAUCUCUAGUCAUUCCCCUUUGUCACCGCAAGACUGCAGCGCCCGUGUUGCGUUCAUCUUGUGAUUUGGCUUUGGGGAGUCGACAAAGGUGGGAAGGUGGGCUACAGAUUCGGCACGAACUACAUUGGUAUUGAUUCAAGAAACCCAGUUUUAUGAGUAACCUUUUUGGUAAAUCCAUUCUUUUUGUGAAACGAAAUAGAACCUUGAUUGUGUAACGAAUUCUUAUUGUUAUUUGUUUAAGAUGCAUGCACCCCCAUAAAAGAAAUAUUCCUAUACAUCUGUGCAAUCGAUGACAAGGUUUUAGAAAACUGUAACUGUGUAUUCGAAACAACA